AUGCCUCGCAACGGAGACGGCUCAUCCCACAACGGUCCUUUUGAAGAAGCCGGCCACCCCAUCAUCCACGGUGCCGGUGCCGUCAAGACAGACAAGGUGGCCCGCGCCGACAACACCGCGCCACUGCCCGACGCCGAAAAGGGCGCCGGCCUCGAGGGCAUGAAUGCCAGCGGAGGCCAGAGCCAAGGGAUCAAGAAGGGCGAUCAUGUUGGCCAGGGCAGCACGAACUAG